AUGUCUCCUCCGAAAUCCUCGUCGGGUAAACCCACAAAACCCCUGAUUCCAGGCGUUUUUGGCCCUCACCCGCCAUCAAUUCUCUCGGCGGAGAAUAUAGCCGAGAUUAGGGGAUCCACUGGGAUUCCCUCGGAGAUCGAGAUUAGGUUCCCGAAGGUUCACGAGUCUCCGGAGAAUCCUCCCCCGGGGUACUAUUGCGCGUUCAAGAUAUUUUUCUCCGCGUGUGGUCUGUCGUUUCCCCUUCCCGAACUCAUCGUGAAGAUGAUGUUCGAACUGGGCUUUGCUCUCCCCCAGAUGUGCCCGAACUUUGUCCGAACCGUCAUGUGUCUUCAAACUCUGGGGGAAGAGUUUGACUACAAACUAUCCCUGGCCGACUUUCUUCAAGUGUACACGGUGAAGACAGGUCGCACCAAGGGCACGCUCUACGUAAGUCCGCUUUCCGGACUGAAGGUCUUCGACGACCUUCCUGAGAAAGAUGAGAAGUGGCGGAAGUCUUACUUUUUCUUCCUGGUCAACGAGCUCACUUUUGGCCACCUCGCAAAUUCACACAUAUCGAAGUGGACUUCGAAAAUUGACCACUUCGAGCGCGGGUUGCUUUGCCCUACUUUCGUGGAGUUUUUCUCGCGGUUCUGCAGCCAGGGUCAGAUCGCCUGGGACUCAUUUUCGUGUGAAAGGAUUAGAGAAUCCACAACGCGGCUCAGGGGACGUUCUCUCGUUUGCUCCGACCCCAUAAGCACUUCGGAGAUGAAUUAUAGAGAGGAAAGGGCCUCCCAACUCGCCGAGAAGGAUGCGAAGUUGAACAUGGCGGCAGCGCUUGCCGAGGGCAAAGCUCGCCUCCCUAAGAAGUGUGGUCCCUCUUCCUCUGAGGUAGACGGGACUUCAGCACCCCCUGCUGGCCCUUCCGAGCCUCUUACGGGGGCUUCCGGGCUCCUGCCUAGUUCGCCCGGGCCUGCCGUAAUUGUCGUAGCGGACUCUAGUGAUGAGCCGCGAGAGGUUAUUACUCCCUCCGUCGAGGUCAGCUCCCAGCGGGCGGACUCGUCCAAAAAGAGGAAGGAACCUGAGACUUCCUCGCCUCUUCGCGAGAAGAGCCGAGCUCGGACUGGUUCGUCAGGGGACGAGCGAGUUCCCCCUGUAUCCCCAGCUGAUCUGAUGAGGAGUUACACUCGGCCAGGAGUUCGGGUUCCGGCGUUUGCAGACAUGUCCGAACUCAACCGUGCGAACUUCUUCCGCUUCGCGGACAAGAUUGGCGAGACCACUUCGAGCGCGGGUUGCUUUGCCCUACUUUCGUGGAGUUUUUCUCGCGGUUCUGCAGCCAGGGUCAGAUCGCCUGGGACUCAUUUUCGUGUGAAAGGAUUAGAGAAUCCACAGCGCGGCUCAGGGGACGUUCUCUCGUUUGCUCCGACCCCAUAA